UCUUCUGGGCGCUCCCCCCUCCCUGCCCUCCAUUCCCGCAGUUCCCGAUGGUUCUGCGGCUGGAAGCGUAAUGAGAGCCCCAACUGGUCAGAGGGCUGUGCUGUGUGCCCCAGAGCUGCUGUCAGGGCUCGCUGGCACCGCCCGUCGUUAGAGGAAGCUCUGCCACAGAAACGUCAGGGUCCGGCCGCGGGUGGAGCAAAGGGAUCCCGGAUGUGGGGAAAGGCUGUAAAAGUGACAGGGAAAGCUGUCCCAGAAGGAAAAUGUGAUGCAGAGGCAUCGCCCAGCCGUUGUGGGGUCCCUGUGUGGAACACCACGUGUCCUGCCCGCCUGUCCCUGCUGUGGGACAGGUUAUCUGCCAACAGCUUUCCUAAAGGCUGGCAGCUGUGCUGUUUGAAGGGUCGGCACUUCCCCUGAAAAUGUGCCAGAUGGAUUUCCAGAGGCGGCUUGCCUUCCCAGUGGGGUUAUUGCUGUGCUGUGCUCUUCAGACAUCUGCUGGUCAGCAUCUUGCAUCUCACAACUGCUCCAGUGAUGCUCAGAGAAUACCCUUCAGCCACUCCUGUAAGAUUGACCUACCCACGUCCUCCCAGAUUAAGGUGGAAGCAGAUCCCUUACAGCAUGAUGAAGACAGCAGUGGGGUGCAGCUGGAUCCUGGAGAGGCUGAGGAAAAUGAAGAGCAGAAUAUAAUUUUUAGGCGCAACAUCUAUGUGCACACAACCAAAGGGAACUGUAAAACUUUGACCCACAUUAAGGAUCUCUUGGAAAGGAUGGAGAAGCUUGAGAAGGAAGUGGCAGAGCUGAGGGAAGUUUGCAGCCCUCAGAAGUGCUGUGGGAGAAGCCAAGGCGUCCCUCCCUGCAGCAGCCGUGGGACUGUUCGACAGACCUGCGGCCGUGAGUGUGCCUAGGGCCGGCAGGGCAGCGACUGCUCCCACCACACCUGCCCCGGCCACUGCAGCGGCCACGCCUGGGACAGCGGGACGUGUGUCUGUGAUGAGCCUUUCUUUGGGGAGGAUUGCAGCCUUCGGCUCUGCCCAGAGAACUGCAGCGGCCACGGGACCUGUGACACGGCCACAGGGGUGUGCCAGCACCACGAGGAAUUCACGAGCGAGGACUGUGCCGACAAACGAUGUCCCGGGGACUGCAGUGGCAAUGGUUUCUGUGACACAGGAGAGUGCUACUGCCACGAUGGCUUGUUUGGCCUCGACUGCUCCCAGGUGCUUGCUCCCCAGAACCUGCAGCUGCUGAACUCCACUGAGAGCUCUCUGGCUCUCAGCUGGGAUCCAAUGGCUGAUGUGGAUAAUUACAUCCUUACCUAUUAUCCAGCUAGAUAUGAGAUGUUGGUGAAACAAAUCCACGUUCCCAAAGAGCAGCUCAGCUACAAGAUUAUGGGACUCCGCCCUGGCACCACCUACAAUGUCACACUUUGUCACCUGAAGAAGGGGAUUGCCAGUGAGCCCAAGGAUCUAGAAGCAAGUACAGUCCUGUCUGCACUCAGUGCCAUCUGGGUGACAGAGGAGAUGGAGCACUCACUGGAAGUGGAGUGGGAGAACCCACCAACAGAUGUGGAUUAUUACAAGCUAAAAUUCAGAUCCCUAGUGGAGAUGGAUGAGAAGCAGGUCAUGAUGCCCAAAAGCAAUGACCCUAAGAGCAGAUACAUCCUGACUGGCCUGAAGCCUGGCAAAGUGAAAGACAACACAGAAGGGAAACCAUCCUCCAUGACUGUGAGGACUGGAGUUGAUAGCCCAACCAAUGUGACAACUGACCAAGUGACAGAGGAUACAGCCACUGUCUCUUGGAAUAAAGUGGAGGCUCCUAUAGACAGGUACAUGGUGAGAUACACCUCAGCUGAUGGGGACACCGAGGACACAGAGGUGGGGAGUGACAACAACAUGAUCACCUUACUGGAUCUGAAGCCAGGCAUGGAAUAUGUCAUCCACAUCUGGGCAGAGAAGGGGCCCCAGAGGAGCAAGAAGGCAAGCACCAGGACUGUGACAGAAAUCGACAACCCAACUGAACUGUUGUCUGACCAAGUGACAGAGGACACAAUUACUGUUUCCUGGAACAAAGUCCAGGCUUCAAUAGACAGAUACAGACUGAGCUACACCUCAGCUGAUGGGGACACAGAGGAGAGAGAGGUGGAGAAAGACAAGAACGUCACUCCCUUGGCAGGACUGGAGCCAGGCACGGAGUACGUCAUUUACAUCUGGGCAGAGAAGAGAGAACAGCAGAGCAAGAGGGUCAGCACUGAGGCUGUGACAGGGAGCUCAAGCAUAUCUGUGAAAGGGCUUCCAGGUCUCUCCAAACAUCUAUGUUAUCUCUACACAGCAAUUCUACUUCUCAAAACAGAGGAUAAACAGCAUCAGGCAUAAUAUAUGGGGUUUCCCACACUACUACUCUGCAGGCCUCGGCAUUCCCAGCUGCAAGGUCACUUGAGUGAAUGUACCAUCUUGCUCACUGUUCUUCUGCUUUUAACCCGUCCCUCCCAACAGAAGGACCCUGCUCUCUUGGUAUUUUGUUUCAUGAGCUCUCUUUGCAUUGCUGGGUAUUGAAGAUGCACGGUUGUAACCCUACUUAAAUUAUUAAAUGUAAUAAUUUAAAUACCUGCCUAUAGGCUCCCAUAAAUAAUGCUAUAGGUGAUUCUAGAAGAGGCAGAUGUUGUAAUACAAGAGUGAUGACAGCUGAUGGUCCUUAUUUCACUAGUCCUUCAUCAAAAGCAUGUGCUGCUACCAAGCCCAACAAUAACAGAAGUUUAACAACCAAAGCGAAACCAUUUCAGAAUCAGAGACAGUUAAAAAUAAUGGCCUGCCCUUUGAUUUGUGACCUUAGGCUGGUCCUAGGAGGCUGCCAAGCAGGCUUAAAUCUGUCCUGUUCGGUCAACCAUAAGGAUUGUGGUAAACUGGGAACAUUCAGGGUCACUCCGUAUCCAUUGACCUUGUUAAUGUACUUAUUUUUAGUUUAUGAAUCCAGCUGGUCCAAGAUAGAUGGGUUGAAGCUCAGAUUUAGGGCAAGAUGCCAAAGAGUUCACCAGUGCUUACAGAGGUUGAGGGCAGCUGAUGGGGACAAAUGGAGAUCUCUUGAGGUCAAAAGGCCAAACCUAUCUGGAACUAGAAAUGCAAGGAGUGUUUUAGCAAUUUCAAAUGGAUUUUUUUUGAACUGGCA